AUGGACAGCAGCGUGGUGCACAUCUACAAGGAGGACCGGUGUCAGCAGGAGGAGUGUGUCCCAAACUUCACCUGGCAACCGGGCUUACCGGACAUCUUCAACUACACACCCAACGGCACAUGGGACGCGGAGCCCGAGCCCAUGUCGCCCCUCAUCCCGAUCAUAGUCGCCGUGUACACCGUGGUGUUCGUGGUGGGCUUGGUGGGCAACUGUUUGGUGAUGUAUGUCAUCAUUAGGUACACCAAAAUGAAAACCGCCACCAACAUCUACAUCUUCAACCUGGCCGUGGCUGACGCUCUGGUCACCACCACCAUGCCCUUCCAGAGCACCGACUACCUGCUCAGCUCCUGGCCGUUUGGCGAGGUGGUGUGCAAGGUCUUCAUCUCCAUCGAUUACUACAACAUGUUCACCAGCAUCUUCACCCUGACCAUGAUGAGUGUGGACCGCUAUGUGGCCGUAUGCCACCCGGUCAAGGCCCUGGACAUCCGCACUCCCGUCAAAGCCAAGAUCAUCAACGUGAUCAUCUGGGUGCUGUCGUCGGCUGCCGGAAUCCCCGCCAUGAUACUCGGCAGCACCAAAACAAAUAAUGGGACUACCGAGUGUGCUCUGCAGUUCCCUGAGCCUUACAUCUACUGGGACACACUGAUGAAGAUCUGCGUCUUCAUCUUUGGCUUUGUGGCGCCCGUCAUCAUCAUCACUGUCUGCUACACACUGAUGGUCAUGCGUCUGAAGAGUGUGCGCCUCCUGUCGGGCUCACGUGAGAAGGACCGCAACCUGAGGCGGAUCACGCGUCUGGUACUGGUGGUGGUGGCCGUCUUCGUGGUGUGCUGGACGCCCAUCCACAUCUUCAUCCUGGUCAAGGCGCUGUCGGCCAACGUGCCCGAGACCACCACCGUCAUGGCUGCGUAUUUCUUCUGUGUGGCGCUGGGCUACACCAACAGCAGCCUCAACCCCAUCCUCUACGCCUUCCUGGAUGAGAACUUCAAGAGGUGUUUCAGAGACUUUUGCUGCCCUGGUGCACGGGGACACGGGGACUGCCACGGGGUGAGUCGGGUGAGGAGCACACUGCGGGAUCACACGUGUCCCGCUGAAGGUCCUGGAGGUGCGAGGCAGGCUAGGCCCGUAUGACUAGCCAUGAAAAUGUCUUCUACACGCUGUCAGGGCUGGGAGGACUCCAAUGACCUGGGUUUGACACAAAUCACCACUGCCAUCUAACAGAGAGCUAGUUUUUAUUUAUUCACCCAGAUUGAUGGCCAGAUAAUUUAAAGGCAGGUUUAAUUAAAUGCCCAGUGUGUAAGAAUUAGUGACUUUUAAUGGUGAGACUGCACUGUAAUGGAGACUGCACCCUUCCAAAAGUGCUGGAACUACAGUGACCUCAGCAAACCUGAAAGGACGUUGUCAUUUCUCGUUUGUAUAAGUUUAAAGUUAAAAUUUUCACUGACAUACUUUGGCUAAUUUGUACAAUAGAUCAUCAGUUUUCUCUGAAUUCAAUCGGGAAGUAAGAAUAUACUGACUAGCCACCAGGGGGCUGCAAACAGAACUCCGUUUGAAUUGAAGUCUAUGGGGAAAUGAGCUGACCUACCACUUUAUAACAUCUGUAAACACGGUUCUGCUCACUUGUUGUCUCGAGGCUUAAAAAAUGGGAGUUCAGACUCUUAUGAGUGAAGUCAGAAUGAGGUGUGCAUUAGAAACAUUACAGCCUCCAUAAAGCAAGGCCCUCCUUAAAUUCAUAUCGAGUAAAAUGCUUAUUUUAGAGCCACAAAAAUCUGAUUAUUAAACUUUUAAGGUGAUUAUACACUCUUAGGUUGUAUAUCUAAUUUCUGCCAAUAAACUAAAUGUUACACGCUGGACCUUAAAAGAGAAAA